AUGAAGCACAAUCUUCACCGCGUGAAGCUCAUCCACAACCCCAAGUACCAGCACUCAGGUCUCAAGUCCUACGUCUAUCUUCUCAGAAAAUACAACUUCGCUCCUACUCUCGAGGGACCUUACUUUGUCUCAAACAUCGUCGAACAGCUCGGCAAACCCAGUCUGAUGAACAAGUUCGCUACUCACAUCGGAGGACAUGCCAAAGUCAAGAAGCACCAGUUGAUGAAGAAGGACGCUACUUCUGGUCAAGAAGGUCAAGUCUCCGCCGCAGACCAGCAGAACGACUCCGAGUAUCUCUGUCAGGUCUCCAUCGGUACGCCUGCCCAAGUCCUGACUUUGGACUUUGACACCGGCUCAUCCGACCUCUGGGUCUGGUCCACCAACCUCUCUCAGGACAUCCAAACUCAGGGCAAGCAGGCUGGUCACACUAUCUUUGAUCCAUCUAAGAGCAGCACCUGGAAAGACUCCCAGGGCAGCACCUGGCAGAUCUCGUACGGAGAUUCGUCCUCGGCAAGCGGUACUGUCGGUACCGAUGUUGUCAAUGUCGGCGGUCUCGCCAUCCAGAACCAGGCUGUUGAGGUCGCCAACCAGAUCUCUGAUCAGUUCGUCCAGAGCACUGGUGAUGGCCUCCUGGGACUGGCCUGGGGCUCGAUCAACACCGUCCAGCCUACACCUGUCGAGACUCCCGUCGAGAACAUGAUCAGCCAGGAUGACAUCCCCAAGGAUUCUGAGCUGUUCACAGCCUACCUGUCUUCGGAGAAGAGUGGUGAAGAGAGCUUCUACACCUUUGGCUUCAUCGACACCUCCGUCACCAACGGCCAGACCAUCAACUACACUCCAGUCGACAACUCUCAGGGCUUCUGGAGCGUUCCAUCUGCAUCUGCCCACGUCAAUGGCAAGCAGAUUAAGCGCAACAACAACACUGCCAUCAUGGACACUGGCACUACCUUGUGCCUGGUCGAUGACAAUCUCGUCAAGGCAGUCUAUGCUGCUAUUCCUGGGGCCAAGUACGACUCAAGCCAGCAAGGCUACACUUUCCCUACCAACACUGCUACUUCUGACCUCCCUGUCGUCACUGUCGCCAUCGGAAAUCACCAGUACACCAUCGGCAAGGAAACCCUCGGCUUCGCUGAUGCUGGAAAUGGCAUGACCUACGGUGGUAUCCAAAGCCGUGGUGACAUGACUUUUGACAUCCUUGGCGAUGUUGUACUUCGUAGCAUCUACGCUGUCUUCGAUCAGGGCAAUCAGAGAUUCGGAGCUGUCCAGCGUACUAGCCCUUCCACACAGUAA